AUGCAGUUUCUGCUUUUAUUUAGUAGACAAGGGAAACUCAGAUUGCAGAAAUGGUUCACUACAAGCUCUGAUCGAUCUAAAAAGAAAAUUACAAGGGAGCUCAUUACUACAAUUUUAGCAAGAAAGCCUAAAAUGUGUAGUUUUAUUGAAUGGAGAGAUAUGAAAAUUGUUUACAAACGGUAUGCAAGUUUGUACUUUUGCUGUUGUGUUGAACCAGAUGACAACGAACUCAUUGUUCUUGAAAUUAUUCACAGAUUUGUGGAACUACUUGAUAAAUAUUUUGGCAGCGUUUGUGAAUUGGACAUAAUUUUCAACUUUGAGAAAGCUUAUUUCAUGUUGGAUGAAUUGCUGUUGGGUGGCGAAAUUCAGGAAAGCAGCAAGAAGAACGUUCUCAAAGCUUUAACAGCUCAAGAUCUUCUGCAGGAGGAAGAAACACCGCAAGGAUUUUUUGAAGACCAUGGCUUGGGCUAA